UUUCUCUUUACAAAUAUAAAAGAGAGAAUGGCUGUGGGGAUUUCUUGCAACUUCUUCUUCAGCAACCCACCUUCUUCCUCUUUCUUGUUUUCAAUCUUAAGUUUCUCAGGAUUUUGACUCCGUCCAAACUCCCAUCGCUCGACCCUUUAUAGAUAUCCCAAAACAAAAAAAAAAAAAAAAAAAAAAAACUAAUCACAAACCUCAAACACAACCCCUUUGUCCUCGCCUUCUUUUGUAAUCCAACUCUGUUGCAUAUAUCAUCUGCGUAAGCCUAACCAUUAUAAAGCUUUCUUUUUCCCUUCUAAAGAUAUUUUUGUUCUUUAUCAAAAGGGUGAAUCUUGUAUUGGAGGUAUUGGUUCUCCAUGGGAGAAGCUCCAGCAUUCUGUGUUGACAAUCUACAAAAUGGGUUCUCAAAUGGAUUUAAUUUAAAAUCCGAAGGCUGUGAGACCUCUACCAACGUUGGUGACAAAACAUUUGUGAUUGGUGGGCUGAACGAUGGUUCUACAUCAUCUAUCGGGGUUCAGAUUUAUGGGAAAUCUACAGGGAAAUGGGUGAUUCCUACAGUGCUGGGAACAAAACCAAAACCAUGUAAAGGCCAUUCAGCUGUUCUAUUGAGUGAAGAACAAAUAUUGAUUAUUACUAGGGGUUCCACCCCAGAUGACUGCAUUUGGUUUCUUGAGGUGGACACCAAGUAUGUUAAGGAGCAGAAAAAAGUCCUGGGGACUGAAGUUGUUGCCUGGAGUAAGGGUGUGAUGGGUGAAGCUGAGAAGCCAGUUGUUAUCAGUGGUCCUUCUGGUGUUGGUAAGGGGACAUUAAUAAACAUGCUUAUGAAGGAAUUCCCAUCCAUGUUUGGAUUUUCUGUCAGCCACACAACCCGUGCACCACGGGACAAGGAGAAGAAUGGAGUUCAUUACCAUUUUACCGAGCGAAGUGUAAUGGAGAAAGAUAUAAAAGAUGGGAAGUUCCUUGAGUUUGCUUCUGUUCAUGGAAAUCUCUAUGGAACCAGUAUUGAAGCAGUUGAGGCAGUAGCAGAUUCUGGAAAGAGGUGCAUUCUUGACAUUGAUGUUCAAGGAGCAAGGUCUGUCAGGGCCAGUUCUCUUGAUGCCAUUUUCAUCUUUAUCUGUCCACCCUCAAUGAAGGAGCUUGAAGAACGGCUCCGUGCAAGGGGGACCGAGACAGAAGAGCAAAUCUUAAAGCGCCUCCGAAAUGCCGAGGCAGAAAUUGAGCAAGGGAAAUCACGAGGCAUCUUUGAUCAUACAUUAUAUAAUGAUAAUCUUGAGGAGUGUUACAAGAAUCUUAGGGGACUCCUGGGUCUCGAUGGAAUUGCACCAACUAAUUAUAAACCUUCACCCAAAGGGAUUGAUCUGCCUUUAAACCAUUCAGUGUCAAAAAUCGAUAAUAAGAUCCUCAUUAAUUGUGAGACUCCAGAAUCGGGAAACGCAUCAAAGAACUUGAUUGUACUGGAUGUAUCCUCGCUUAAAGGUGGGGCUCCUGGUCGGACAAGAGGGCUGAAUGUCUAUGCCAUCGAUUCAUUUUCAGAUGGGUUUGAUGGGGUUCAUAAACUGAGCUAACAACUGCAACCCACUGAUACUAACAUGGUUUUAAGCAUCUCUAUUUAACUUAAGGGGAGCUAUGAUAAAGCUCUACUUGGCUUCUUAGAUCAUUGCAUAUGUUGGAUUUUCUUUGUCAUUAGAUUCUUUGCUUGUUUAGAACCAAAAUGUAGCAUUUGAACAAUUAAUAUUCCCACAUGGGCAAUGGAGAGAAUUCAUCAUUUGUGCGGCAA